AUGGUUCACUACAAACUCAUUUAUUUUAAUAUUCGCGGACUGGGAGAGGUUAUACGGCAGAUUUUUGCCCUUGCUGGCGAGGAAUUCGAGGACUUUCGCUACAGUUUUGAUGAGUGGCCAGAGCACAAGUCAGAGAUGCCAUUCGGCCAGAUGCCAGUACUUGAAGUUGAUGGCCAACAGCUCGCACAGUCCCAUGCUAUUGCUCGAUUCCUCGCGAGAAAGUUCGGUGUGUUUCAACUUUUUAUGUGUGAACCUGAAUCAAACAACGGGCUUGAUUUUUCAGGCCUCACUCCCAAGUGUCCUUUUGAGGAGGCGCUCGUCGACUCGAUUAUGGAUCAAUACAAGGACUUCUUCACCGAAAUUCGUAUAAUAUUCAGAGUCAUUGCAGGAUUUGAAAAAGGAGAUGUUGACCAAAUCAUAAAGGAUGUGGUUCUUCCCGCUCGUGACAAGUUCUUCCCUUACAUGACAAAAUUUCUCAAAAAGAACAAUAGCGGCUACCUCGUUGGCAGUUCAAUAACCGUUGCCGACCUUCUUCUCGCUGAGCUCAGUGCGGAAUUCUCCAAAACAGUUCCUACACUCUGCGACGGGUUCCCAGAGAUCAAGGCUCAUGCUGAAAAGGUCCGUUCAAAUCCUGCACUUAAGAAAUGGAUUGAAACCCGACCAAAGACGGAUUUUUAG